CGCCAACCAACCCACCAACCAACUUCAUCAAAUUACUUUGACAGUCUGAGUUGUUUCCAACCAACUUGAAACUUUCGCCAUCACAAAGAAACUGUUGCGAUUUCUUUGGCAUAAAUAUUGCCUUGCAUAUCCCGCUGGGCGCAUCCAGCUCAGCCCUAUCGCAAAUCGCGUUCCCAGCCCCUUUUUUUUCUGAGGCAGAAACAACUAGAACUCACACCAAUCUCUUCGAGGUACCGGAGAAUCUCAAGAAUAUAUCACCUUCAUAUCACAUCGAUCACCUUUUGGGAUGGAAUCUGGAAACGAUAGCGCCCUCAACUCAGAUUCAAAAGAGCGAGCAAACACCUUCCCUCAUCACGUGGCCGGUUCAGCUGAACUUCCCCGAAGUCGGUCCUCAAUAUCCGCUUUCUGGAUAAGAUUCACUCUGUGGUGGAGUUUGUUCUGGCAAAAAAUGGUAUCAAAAACCAGGAAUUCCAAUUAUGAAGAUGGAAAGAGGAAGAAGGGAAGAAAUGACAUGGUGGGGAAGCGAAGGAAUGACUUAAUUCCGAAGGAAAGAAAUGGUGUCAGCCUGACCGGUGACGAGAGGCAACCCUAUGAGAUACUUCUCGAUGUUGUUGAGAAACGCCGCCAAUCUGGCAUUCCAAAACCUCGGGUGCUUGUCAUUACAGAUUUGGCGAAGGACUAUGACGAUUUGGCUGCUAUGGUCAUUUUGAAAGAGCUGCAUUGCCUUGGUGUCAUCGAGCUGCUAGGUUUCAUCGCCAAUCUUCAGCCCGAGGAGAAACGUGCUCGAUUCGGAAGAGGUGCUUUAGAUCAUCUAGAUUUGAAAGAUAUUCUUAUAGCAACAGGGACUUCUGGCUAUCCACACGAGACAGGCAAUCACAAAGAAGAAACUUACGAAUUCGACUGUCCCUUCAUGGCAGACAAGAAUGACCCACGACUCAGAAACGAUUCAUUGCAUCCGCUCACAGGCAAUGAUUUGCUUACGAAGUUUUGUGAAGACGCCGCCAAAACGGGCCAGAAGUUGACACUUUUGCUCAUAUCUUCCUUGGAAGAUAUCCACACUUUCUCAAUCAGCAGCAAACUGCUAAUGCAGAAGUCAAUUUCCAACAUUGUCCUCCAAGGCGGCUAUCGGAUCACUCCAGAAGGGCAGCUUGAAGCACUUACAGAAGCUAACAAUAAUCGAUAUGAUCUAGAAGCCGCUAAGAACUUUCAUGCUCUUAUGCAAGAGCUGCAGAUCAAUUCGACUGUUUAUACUAGAGUCGCAGCAGUUGCUGCUACCAUGGAACCCGAAAUCUUCGCUGAACUAGCGAAGACAGGGAAUGAGGUCGGAAAGCAUCUUUGGAACGUACAGAAGGCCCAAGAUCUUUCAUUCUACAGAAAUGCCUCCCACGAAGAUCCCGCAAAACGCUUCCGCCCAGACAGGGAUAGAGAAUAUUUCUUGAGAACUAGAACAAAUUGGUACGAAACUCACUCCGAUACCGACCCAAGGCCUGAGGGCGGGGAAAUUUCAGAAUUCACCAAAGUCGUAGUUUACGAUGCUUUGGCGGCCAUAGGGGUCUCUGGAGAAGAUACACUCAAAGCUCUCAACGUUCUCAAUAUCCGACCUGAUUUUACAGCCACUGAUUCUGAAGACGUGAAAGAUCUAAAAAGAAGGCACCAGGUAGUUGGAUACGAGAAGAAGAAAAUGGUGGAUGGGAAAGAAGUACCCGAUUGUGAUGUUCCUGGCAUCAAUGUCCAACAAAUGGUUACUACACUCAAAGCCUUUCUGAAAGGUUCUCUUAUCUCUACCCCUCCAUUGGAAAUAAAGCAAAGCGAUAAAUUCUCUGGAGCUCCGGAUACACAUCCGGGUUGAAAGCAGUAUUUCAAAGUGUAUUAUGGGGACUCGGGCCAAAAUCAGUCAACAGAUCAACACAUUGAAAGCCAUUUCAGAAGCGGCUACAUGUAUGGUAGUACGGUCACGAUAUCACAUAGGCAGCAACUUGGUAUUCUCGCGAGCCCGAUAAGUUGUCAGCGGGGUAGACAUUUCGAAAGCCGGGGCAUCAGGCUUGAGGACGCGGCCUCGGACGCAGUAUAUGCAGCUGUGCAGAUUCAAGGUGGGUGGGCAAAUAAGCUUGGCUGUUAGAGCAGCAGUCCUCUGUUUCUUUACUCGCAGGAAAGGUUGUUUCGCAGAGUUACUCUGCAGAGACGGAAGGCCGCAGGGAGGCAGCCCGCAUCGGUGGCUAUAUGACUGGUUACGAAAUUUCCUUUACCAUUUAUUACUACGGUAUUAUGCUUUUUAUGUAUUAUAUAUUAUUCUUCCACGAUGGGGUUUCCGAUGCAAUACACUGCAAUACAACAGCUUUUCUUGGACGCUAUUCGAGUUACAACAUCUUUCGACACUUGCACGAACACCGGAUUUCCUGACCGAAGAAACAGAACAUCCCAGUAAGCCAAAGCCAAAGCAAAUUGGUAGGAUGUUAUUGUCACGAUAUUUUCACGUGUUUGAUCACGUGAUAUCUAAGGCUAGCUCGAGGCUAGGUAUAUACAUGCCUAGAUUCUACGUAACCGACAGACAAUCAAUCAUCUACUACUACUUUUGUACUCGUUGUCGUCUACUUUUGUUACUGUUUCAUACCGAUAAUGGCAUCUCCUACAUGCCCGCCCUUAUUAUCCCACCAAGUUAUACCACCAGUUAUGUUUCUCAACAAACACUCCCCAGCACAAGCCAACAAGCCAGCACAAGAAGCAAUAAUGUGUACUGCGCUGACAGCACAGCAAAAUCAAUAUCAGGCUGUUGUGCGAGGUUCUGUAGGACUUUCAGCCCCCAACUGCACCUGCAAGGAUCUUCGCCCCCCUCGACAAUUCGGGUCUAGAGCGGUUACCAGCAUUGAAAAAACCCCGCCACCUCCAGCGGCAAAUCCAAAUGCUACCUUUUAAAAGUCCACAUCGCUCUCAGGAGAAAGUGGAUAGGGGGCGCUGGGUUGACAUCGUACCUAUACUUUAUUCGUUCUUGACCAAUCUCUUGUUCUUUUGUUGUCUAUAUAAUCAUGACUGGAGCCAAGAAUCACGGGGUGGUGAGGGAGCUUAAGGCUCCUUCUCCAUCUACGGCAGAGGGUAGCGAGAAUGCUUCAAUUGCGGCAUCGAACUUUUGUCGUCAAGAAUCUCCCUAUACAACCGAGGAGACAAAAUUGAAAAAGGAUGAUGAGCCGCAGCCAAAUAUUCUUCCUCACAAAAUGAAGGAUCCGUACAACAUUGGCGGGAUCUAUCACGACAAAAUCUAUAGGUCUGUAUGGAAAGUUGAGUCGUAAGUAACGGAUAAAUGACGUGUUAUAAAUGCUUUCAAUUGACAUUGAAUAGCCCUGGGCCCUAUCUAAGCUAUAUAAAGAAGCUCUCGAAAGGCUGGCCGCAUUUGGAGUGGCUCGCAGAUUACAUGGAAGUGGGAACAACGCCUGUGAAAUGGAGAUAUCUCACAAAAGAGCAUAUUGAAGAGCGAGUGGAGAGAACGAGAGUUGCUGUCCUCGAAUUCUCACAAUCAGGGGACCCGCUAGUAAGAGAAGACAUUCAUAACAGUCAAGAGCUUCGACAACGACUAUACGGACAGCGACCAGGGCAAACUAACCUGGAAGCUGAUCCAGCGUACGCUCGUUUAUUCAUCGUCGAGGACCUGUCACGGGAUGUCAUUGAAGCUCUUGGUGCCAAGUAUGACAUUGACCCUCUAUACUUCCGGAGCCAGAUCAGCGAUUUUCUAUGGUAUAAGACAAAGGACCCGUGGGUUGAGCUGCAAGACCUUCCUCAUAUUGCAGCCGAGAGGAACUACUACAAUGUCAGGUACAUGUCAGCAAGAUACUUCGAAACGGAGAAGGCUAUUGAAGAUGGUAAGGAGCAGCUUGGUCACUUUAAUGUCUUGAGACGGUUGGAAGAAGACUUGAGCUGGCAUGUUCGAGAAUUGAGGAAGCCGAACGGCCCAACUGUUGGUGUAUUACGAAGUAAAACCGCACUUUGGAUUCGCAAGAACAAGACCGCGGGGGAAGGAGUUAUAGGUAUGAGUUCCUGAGUCUACCUGUACCAUUCUAGCUAAAAGUCAUAGGAAUACUCGUCGUUGAUCCAGAGCUUUCCGCUGGAUAUCCACUUUGGGGUGGUCCAAGAAAUUUGCAACCUUGUCCCAGCAUGAACGAGGAUAUUUCCCAAUUGAAGCAUCCUCAAUCACUUUUCGAAGAACUCUGCCAUUACGCCAAAAUCAUGACCCCCGAAGAAGUGAGUUUCAUCGCAGAGGUACCUCGCACCCUUGGCCUACCAAUCCUCAGUCUCGUGGCAGCAGAAUGGAUGUCAGUAGUAAGCUACAUCAUUACUGGUCUCACAAAUAUAGAAUGGGAACUCGAGCAUCCUUACUACCGUAAAGCUUCUGACGGUCUAACUGGCCUCCUCGACCGUCUUCAUCCUCUCCGUCGUCUUAUCCCAGUGUACAGAAUGAUGAUCUGCGAAACUUUGAAUACAAUUCUCAACAAGGAUUCCUUACCAAAAGCAAACGAUAACCCGGCUAGCACCCAUCUCGGAAAACUUCGUUCUGAUUUCGAAACCAUCCUCCAAUCUAUUGAACACCUCCAAACCAGAACACAAAACAUCAUUUCGCUCGCCACAACCAUUAUCGGUGUCGAGGAAAAUCAACGUGCCAUGAAAAUGAACAAGAAUCUCGUUCGUGUCACCUACCUGGCCGUUAUAUUCGCACCCAUGGCGUUUAUAUCUUCCUUCUUCAGCAUGACGCCUGAUCUGGGAACUUUGAAGGAGACGUUUUGGAUCUAUGUCGCGGUUGCGCUGCCAGUCACGGUUACGUGCUUGAUUAUUGCGGAUCAUAAUAGAUUACUUAAACACGGUAAAAGGUUUUUGGGAAUCGAGAAUAAGGAAAAGAGGAAUGAGGAAGGGAAUGAGAAGAAACGAGUAUCAUGA